UUGGGGGGAGCGAGUCAGGCCAGCGGAGCCGCCCUCUGCGCCCCUGUCCUACCUCGCGUCGCGCUCCGCAGCCCGUCCCCCCAGCAUGAGCCGCCAGCUGCAUCACCGCCCCGCCGGCGAGCGCACAGGCUUCAGCGGGUGCUCGGCCGUCAUCUCGGGACGGGUGAGCACCAGCUCAGCCUCGUUCCGGGCCGGCGUCAAGGGCACGGCCGCCUUCGGCUCCAGGAGCCUCUUCAGCCUGGGGGGCGGCCGGCGCCUGGCCCUGUGCGCCGCGGCCGGGCGGGGCGGCGCCUUCGCGCUGGGCCACUGCUCUGGUUCGGGCGGCGGCCGGCUGGGCGGCUUCGUGGGCACCGUCUUCGGCAGCGCGGGGCUGGGACCCGUCUGUCCGUCCGUGUGCCCGCCCGGUGGCAUCCCUCAGGUCACCGUCAACAAAAGCCUCCUGGCCCCCCUCAAUGUGGAGCUGGACCCCGAGAUCCAGAAGGUGCGCGCCCAGGAGCGGGAGCAGAUCAAGGCGCUGAACAACAAAUUCGCCUCCUUCAUCGACAAGGUGCGGUUCCUGGAGCAGCAAAACCAGGUGUUGGAGACCAAGUGGAACCUACUACAGCAGCUGGACCUGAACAAUUGCAGGAAGAACCUGGAGCCCAUUUAUGAGGGCUACAUCAGCAACCUGCGGAAACAGCUGGAGACACAGACAGGUGACAGGGUGCGGCUGGACUCAGAGCUGAGGAACAUGCAGGAUUUGGUGGAGGACUACAAGAAGAGGUACGAGGUGGAGAUUAACAGACGAACAGCUGCCGAGAAUGAGUUUGUGGUGCUCAAGAAGGAUGUGGAUGCCGCCUACAUGAACAAGGUGGAGCUCCAGGCCAAGGUGGACUCCCUGACGGAUGAGAUCAAAUUCUUCAAGUGCCUCUAUGAAGGGGAGAUCGCUCAGAUGCAGUCCCACAUCAGCGACACCUCCGUCAUCCUGUCCAUGGACAACAACCGGGACCUGGACCUGGACAGCAUCAUCGAUGAGGUCCGUGCCCAGUACGAGGAGAUCGCCCUGAAGAGCAAGACCGAGGCCGAGGCGCUGUACCAGACCAAGAUCCAGGAGCUGCAGGUCACCGCAGGCCGGCAUGGGGAUGACCUCAAACUCACCAAGGCUGAGAUCUCAGAGCUCAACCGUCUGAUCCAGAGGAUCCGCUCCGAGAUAGGGAAUGUGAAGAAGCAGUGCUCCAACCUGGAGACGUCCAUCGCCGAUGCUGAGCAGCGGGGCGACUGCGCCCUGAAGGAUGCCCGGGCCAAGCUGGACGAGCUGGAGGCCGCCCUGCACCAAGCUAAGGAGGAGCUGGCCCGAAUGCUGCGCGAGUACCAGGAGCUCAUGAGCACGAAACUGGCCCUGGACAUGGAGAUUGCCACCUACCGCAAGCUGCUGGAGGGCGAGGAGUGCAGGAUGUCUGGUGAACAUCCAAGUUCUGUGAGCAUCUCUGUCAUCAGUAACACGGGUGCAGGGGCAGGAGGGGCUGGUUUCAGCAUGGGCUUUGGCGCCUCGAGCAGUUACAGCUUCAAGCCAGCAGCCAUGGACGUCAAAACCAAAGGCAGCUGUAGCAGCGAGUUCAAGGAUCCCCUGCCUAAGAGCUCAGGCGGCAGCUGUGCAGCCAGGAAGGCCUCGAGGUGAAGGGCUGGCGGUGACCCUUGGCUCUGUGAGCAGAAAGCCGCAGGGCCCAGCUGCUCCCCCUGCCUCUGCCCUGUCCAGGCCAGGAGGUGCUUCCUCUGUGGCCGCAAUCCCCGUGCCAUCCCCUAGUCCUGUGGUACUCCACGCAGUGCAUGCUGUGAAGUGAGAAAUCCCAGGGGGUGACCUCCCCCUUGGCUGUUUUUCACUGGGUCACUGCCCCCAACACAGAGAUAACACAGCUAUGUGGAUGUCUCCCUGUGGCCAGUGUGAACUCCUCUGUCCCCAUGCCUUUCUGUGGCCAUUGCAGCCCGGGCGCUCUCUUUGUCCUCUGCUUUGGGUCGUGUCCAGUUCUCUGCUUCUCCUGCAAUAAACAAUCAGAGCCAUUGGAUUCU